AUGGCUAUGGCUAUGGCUGAAUGGCUGAUCCAGGACUUCAGACUCAGAGUCCAAGGGCCAAGGGAAGGGGCUGCAAUUGAAACGUGGGACUGGCUAGCUGAGAGGCAAAGGGAGGCGUCGGAUCCUUUUGAUUUCUUCAUAGAUCCGGGGAGCCACGAAUAUGACAGCUCUGAUUCUUUUGGGGCCCAGCAGACCCGCUCUUCUCGGCUCAACAAAUCGACAUGCAUAUCUACCAACCUGACUGGCCACCUCAUCGACGGAGGGAACGGAUGUCUCAGCGGCCCUUAUCCCAAGAGGGAAGAAGUCCAGAACGUCCGGACCAUGAGACUGACAGCCAUCGCAACCUGGUCGCUGGGUUCUACCCGUGACCCGGGAAGAUGGGCCUUCCUCGGGCUGUGGCGAUCACCGAAUGGCUUUCUCAAGGCGUCAAGCCUUGGUCACUUGACCGAGGUUGAUUGA